ACUAUAAUCUAAAAAAUAAAUACAUUCUAAUAUCCUUUAUAAAUAUAUCUAUAUUGGUACCACAUUUCUGAAGAAUCAGCCAUAAUAAUAAGACCAAUUAAUUAAAAUCCAAUGUAAUAUUACUAUUAUUGUAUAUUAAAUGAUGAUGGUUUUAUAACAAAGUAAAUAAUUCUAGAUAAAUUGAUUGAAGCAGUCGAUGAAAAUGCCUAUUUUAUUGAGACAAAAUUAGGUCGACCAAAAUUAUUUACAUUAAACCGUUUAAAACGUGAAUACUAAAUAAUAGACUUAAUAGAUCUUUAUAAUUUGGAAAACAAUGGUAUAUAUAAAAUUCCCCCUUCAAAAACUUUAUAUUUUUCAACUUACAAUUUAGAAAAAAACAAAACUAUUAAUAUUUUAAAAAGCCAAAAUUCAAUGUUUAAUUAGAAUUAUUUCGCUUUUUAUAAAACUCCUUUUUUCGAUGACAAUUGUGACUAAAUCCCUAUUCCAAAAAAUGAUGUUUAAUAAGUGUCAGGAUAUUGUAAUACGCAUCAUAUUAUUGUUUUCAACGAUUUUUAUACUUAUAACCUCACGUAUAUGAUUUACAAAUAGAAAAAAUACAAAAUUAAUAAAUUUACAUACAAUAAGUGCAUAUAUAUGAUUGAUAUUGAUAAUGAUAUUGGCCUUACUUUAUAAAAAUAAAAUUCAUAUGAAAAAGUAGUUAUAGUUUAAUUAUUAUUUUCUGGAGAUACUGUUACUUUGAAAACGAAACUGAGACUAAACUAAACUUAAUUUUAUAUGUCUGAUAUUAUCGAUUUUGAAAUUGGGAAAAAAAUAAUUUGCUUUGGGACUUCUAAUACUUGGAAAUUUUACGAUUUGCUUACAUAUAGGGAAGUAAAAAUGUCUCCAGAUAGUUCGCCGAUUAAAUUCGGAGAAUAUUAUGAUAUUUUGUCUUAUUAAUCGGUCAUUAUUUUUGGAAAUAUUGUAUACGAUAUAUCAUUUGAUAAAACUUCUGAUUAAGUCCGUGUGAUCUAAAGAAAAGAUUAAAAAAAUAAAUAUUACACACUUCCUAUAAAAGACCAUAGACACAGAUAGUUUUUUUCAAAAGGAAAAACUUUAAUUGCGGAUGAUGAAAAUCAUGAUGAUAAAAAUGUCUACUUAUAUUCUAUUGAAAAUAUAAUUUGUAGAGAUACUGAGCAUAUAACUAAUAAUCUAUAAUGUAUUUAAUGCAAAAAUAAUGAGUAUUUUAAAGACGAUAUAUGUGUAGGCUGCCCAUAAGGAACUUUUUUUGAAAAUAAUAUAUGUAUUGCAUGUAUGCAAGGAUGUAUAUCAUGUGAUAAUAAAACUACUUGCAUUAUAUGUGAUUAAGGAUAUUAUAAAAAUAAUUUGAAUGAAUGUAAACUUUGUAAUAUUAAUUGUAAAACUUGUCAAAAUGAUAAUCCAGAUAUAUGUGCUUCUUGUAAUUCACCUAAAGUUUUACAAACAAAAGACUAAACAUGUGUAGAUGUUUGUGAUAGUAAUUAAUAUUUAGAUAAUACUCAAGUUGAUAUACCUAAAUGUAGGGACUGCGAUAUUUUAUGUCUUAAAUGUGUAGACGCAAUUUUUUGUUAACUUUGUGUAAAUGGCAACUUUUUAAAUACAAAUACUUCGAAAUGUGAACUAUGUGAUGCUCAAUGUACUACAUGUGAAAACGGUACUGAUAAUACUAAAAUGCCUGUCCUGCUCACCUCCUUUAUAUUACCAAUAACUGGAAAAAAAAUGCGUUAGGAAUUGCAAUUAAGGCUAAUAUGCGAACACUUAAAGUAGUCUAUGUGAAUUAUGUGAUCCGAAUUGUUAAACUUGCAAAGAUUCAAAGACUUCUUGUCUUACUUGUAAUAAUAAUUAAUAUUUAUAAACUAACUAAACUUGCAAAGAUAUUUGUUUACCAAAAUAAUAUCCGGAUAAUACGAGAAAAUGCUAGCCGUGUAAUGCAUCAUGCUUAUCAUGUAUUAAUAAUACUUCAUGUACUACAUGUACUGAUGAUAAUUAUUUAAAUCCUGUUACUAAAUUUUGCUCACCUUGCUCCGCUAACUGUAGAACUUGUGUUAAUAAUGCUGAUACUUGUACAUCCUGUAUUAAGGGCUAAUAUUUAAAUACUGAUACUAAUAGAUGUGAACAAUGUAACGCAAACUGUGUAGCGUGCGAAAACGGACCCACUAAUGAUUAAUGUACGGAAUGCUAACUUAAUAAUUUUCUCACUUAAGACAGAAAAUGCGUUAUUUCUUGUUAAUAAAAUUAAUAUGCAGAUGCUUUAAGGACAUGCUAAUAAUGCAAUGCGACUUGUCUUACAUGUUAAAAUGCUAUUUCGUGUAACACAUGUAAUGCGGGAUAUUAUAUAAACACAAGGAGUAUUUUAUGUGAAAAAUGUGAUGAUAAUUGUCAAACAUGUGAAAAUGGAAUAGUAAAUAAUUAAUGUAUUACCUGUAAUAAUAAUUAAGUUCUUUUAUAAACUAAAAUAUGCGCCGAUAAUUGCGAUAAUAAAUAAUUUGAGGAUUAAAAUAAAAAUUGUUAGUAAUGUGAUCCUACGUGUCUUACUUGCUCGAAUCCUAAUACAUGUGAUACUUGUGAAGAAGGAUCAUAUUUAAAAAGAAGUACAUAAAAAUGCGAAUUAUGUGACUUAAAUUGUAAAACAUGUAUAGAAAAGGGCAAAUGUGUAUCUUGUAAAUAGAAUUAUUUUUUAACUUAAAAUUAAUAAUGUAAACUUGAAUGUGAUUAAUCUUUUUUUCCCGAUUCUUAAGGAAAUUGUUUACCAUGUGAUUCUAAUUGUUUAAAUUGUAAACAAUCUGAUGAAUGUACAGAAUGCUUUUAGGGACUCUAUUUAUUUAAUGGAUUCUGUAGUAAUGAAAUUUAUUGCUAAGAGAAUACUUACUUAGACCAAAAUGAGUGCAAAACGGAAUGUCCUUAAAAUAAAUUUAAAAAUCUAGAGACUAAUACAUGCGAUCCUUGCCAUUUUUCAUGCAAAAGAUGCACGGAAGCAGGCAAUAUAAAAUGCUUGGAGUGCGAAAAUGGACUUGCUUUGAAUGAAGAUGGUAAAUGUGAGAAAAAAGUAUAAGAAACAAAUGCGACUACUAGUAAGUUGAUGUUUAAAGUAUAUCUUGUAGUUACUAUAUAUAUAUUAAUCGCCUGUAUAAUUUGCCAUUUUUUAGAUUAUAAAUCCUAUUUUAGAAAUAGGAAAGUGAAAAAUUUCGAAGAAGAAGAUUGCAAACCGAAAAUAGAAAAAUCUUAAUUGGAACGCGUAAAAGACCAUAUUGCGGCAUAAAAUGAAGCAGAAAAUAUAAACAAAGAAAAUUAAAGGUAAAGGCUAAGGUCUAAAUCAGAUAUUCAAAAAGCAAAUUAAUAAAUAGAAUAAAUAGACA